AUGUCAUCUAUGUUAGAAGGUCUUCCUAAUGAAUUAUUCAUUUUAAUUUUCACAUAUUUAAACAAUAUCGACAUUAUUUAUUCAUUUUAUCGUCUCAAUCAUCGAUUUACAUCACUUAUUCGUACGCUAGAUCGUAUUCACAUUGAUUUUUCUACUCGUCCACUAAGUAAAACUCAACUAAUUUAUAUUCUCAACCAACUUCGUUCGUUAAAUAUUCACUCGAUCCGAAUAUCCACUCGUUAUUCCAUUGAUUUCAUUUCUUUCUUCGUUGGCUACCUUCCACCAAGUCAAUUCACUCAUCUUCGAUCCCUUGCAUUCCAGGAUGCCGAUCGAACGACCAUUGAAAAGCUCAUUCAUAACUAUCCACAUUUAACAUAUCUUUCCAUUGAAUCUUCGACUUGGCGAUCCAUUCCUCGUCAUUGUUUCCCUUAUUUUCCAAAUCUAACUCAUUGCCAUCUCCCAACACUUUCAUAUUUCCACCAUUGCUAUCCACAAUUGACCAAUCUUCGAUUAGAUCACUGUACAACCGACGACCUCCUACAUUUAAACACAAUUGCUCCCAAUCUUCAUUCACUUACAUUAACAUUACAACGAACCACAACUAUUCCUCCUGCAGUACACUUUCCUGAGCGUUUACAUACGUUAAAACUGAUUCUACGUUCAGUUUUGUUCACAGAAUUUGAACGCUUGGUUAAAACGAAUGAACAUAUCGAAACUCUAAUCGUCUCAUUCAGUAAUACCGAACAUGAAGUGCAUUGUUUCGAUCGAUACUUAUUCGGCGAUCAUUGGUCUUCCCUUAACACACAUUUUAAUAAUCUUCAGUUCAACAUUAUCGUUCAUCAAACAUCGGAAGCUUUUUCAAUCGAAGAUCUGCUAUCGAAUUUUCAUUGGUACAACAAACGAAUUCAUUGUCAAACACUCGAUGAUACGAACGGUUAUCAUAUUUUCUCGUUGCCAUUCAUCGAUGAAUUGUAUCGAAUCAAUUGUGGAACUUAUGAUCAAAGUGUCUUCAAUAAUAAUGAUUUUCAUCGUGUUAAUCAUCUUCAUGUCACAAUGACACACUAUCGUACGCAAGAAUUCUUGCGAAUUUCAUCGAAAUUUGCUUUUCAAAAUGUGCAGAUCUUAACCGUCGUUGGUUCGUCUGUUAGUUCGGAUCUGGUGUCAUUUGUUGGAAUGUUGAUGGAUAACUCGCCCCUUCGAACGUUGGAACUUCGUUUGGCUUCGUCGUCAAAUGAUAGUCGAGAGUUUUUUAACAAGCUUGUUUUCCAUAUGCCAAUCGCGAUCGAAAUGUUGACGUUGAAUAUGAUCAGUACUCGAUUUUUAUUUGACUUACUGGAUAACAAUGCACGUUUACUGUCACAUGUUAAACGACUUUCGUGUUUAGUAAAGAAUUGCGAUGAAUUCGAUUCGUUGAUUUUACUUUUAUUAGAAGUUUUCCAUGAAAAAUCACUGAUUUAUUUGAGUAUUUCGUUAGAAAAUCCAAGUAAAUCAUCGAAUUUAAUCUCGGGUUGGUUACUCAAAACCAGCUACUUGAAAAAAGCAAGAAUCAAAUGCUCCGAUCGGCAGUGUAUUAUUUGGAUUUGA